AUGUUCGAGGCCUUCUCUCAACAGAGCUCUGGACAUACUGGCAAUCAAUCUCACGACUGGCAUCAUACUGGCGAGCUUGCGUUAUUCACAGCUAGAACUCCAGAGGCACAUAUAGAUGGCGACGCGCAUCACAUAUUUUGCGAUGAGAGAGUGGACAUGGCACUCUCUGCAGUGCUUCGACGGAGGCAGCUGGUGCUCAGCACUCCAGAAUGGAAGAGCGUCCCAUGGCAGAGAAUACCGAAAAACCUCAAAGACAUCCUCGUAGAUGUGUUGGUUGACAUGCCUAGACUUGUCGAAGACUUCGAUAAUAUGCAGCAGUGCACGGAGGAGAGCAAGAAAGAGACGUUGCGGCUCGCGCUGAUACAGAAGUGCUGGGAGCACGACGGACAGCUCUCGGCCUGGUUCGGCCUCCUACGCCAGGUGGCCAAUGCCAGUAAUACCUCCCGCCCAGAAUCUCGUGCAAAGGAUGUUGUCACAUACGUUGCCCAAGUCCAUGGCAUGAGUCUAUUCUGGGCCACCUCCCUCAUUCUGUAUAGCAUUCUCUGGAUGGCAUCUGGGCCACAGGCAGAUCUCCCCAAUCGUACCGAUCCAAUGCAACAUGCCCACAGACUCGUACAGGCAGUCGCUAUCCUCCUUCAGCCCAACGCCGGACUCUAUGGUCAGCAGAGUGCGUGGCUUCUCCUUGAGGUUUGCCGACACUUUGUCACAGCCGGAAUUACCUCCACGCACGAGAGCGAAAUGCUACUUGAGACAUUGGAGAGGCUAAAAGAUGGCCUAGGCAAUGGCUUAACUCGGAUGCUUAACACAAAUCUUGUAGAUCAAAAUGUAGCGAUAGAAGUUACCAGCACCUAA